UUACAUGAAAAUGAAAAGCACAUGCUGCUCACGUCUCUCUUCCUCGCACCUAGUUUCCUCUUCAACAUUUCACUUUAUAUAUAGAAUCAAAAAUCAUUCCUUCCUUCCACAAUUCCAGAAGAGUAAAAAACAAGAACCCAAUAAAAUCGACUCUUUCCAAGAAUCUAUCAACCUUUUCCUCAGCUUAAGGAACUCCUACACAUAUACACAUACCCAGCCUCAAGAAUCAAGAUCCAAGCAGAUUCAUCCAUGGACCGGUCUUCAUCAUCUUCUUUCGUCGAUACUUCUCUAGAUCUCACUAUUGGUGUUACUCGUAUGCGAGUUGAAGAAGAUUCAACGACAAGUGCUUUGGUGGAUGAAUUAAACCGAGUGAGUGCUGAGAACAAGAAGCUCUCGGAGAUGCUAACUUUAAUGUGUGAAAACUACAACGUCUUGAGGAAACAGCUGAUGGAAUAUGUUAACAAGAGCAACAACAUGACAGAGAGAGACCAAACCAGUCCUCCCAUGAAACGAAAAUCUCCAGCGAGAGAUGACGCAGUUAGCUCUGCGGUUAUAGGUGGAGUGUCAGAGAGUAGCUCUACGGAUCAAGAGGGUCAGUAUCUGUGCAAGAAGAAGCAGAGAGAAGAGACUGUUGUGAAGGAAAAAGUCUCAAGGGUUUCUUACAAGACCGAAGCUUCUGACACUACCCUCGUAGUGAAAGAUGGGUAUCAAUGGAGGAAAUAUGGACAGAAAGUGACUAGAAACAAUCCAUCUCCAAGAGCUUACUUCAAAUGUGCUUGUGCUCCAAGCUGUUCUGUCAAAAAGAAGGUUCAGAGAAGUGUGGAGGAUCAGUCCGUGUUGGUAGCAACAUAUGAAGGUGAACAUAACCAUCCAAUGUCCUCACAGAUCGAUUCAAACAACGGCUUAAACCGCUACAUCUCUCUUGGUGGUCACACUGCACCAGCCAAGGGAAGUAGUAGUAGUUUGGCUGAGCCUGUGACUGAAUCCAAGAAAGUCACUAGCCCAUCAAGAACGGAUUUUCCAGAAGUUCAGAAACUUUUGGUGGAGCAAAUGGCUUCUUCCUUGACAAAGGAUCCUAACUUCACAGCAGCACUAGCAGCAGCUGUUACCGGAAGAUUGUAUCAACAGAACCAGACCGAAAAAUAGUUUUAGUUUCAAAUUCUAUUAGUAUUUUUUUUAGAUUUGAAUUUGGCAUGAGACAAAGAGAGUAGAAUAUAUUAUAUGUAACAUGUAGUAAUCGUUUUCAAAGCAAUCUCACAUAAUCAAGAAACUA